CUCCGGCACCCUCUCAAUAUUAGUUUCUCAUCGUACCCUGGCCUUCCGUUCAUACCGUCAUCAAAGCGCGCCAUCCGAUACAUAGGGUUACUUCGUCGUCCGUAAGAUUGAAGGAAAUCAAGAAAACGACUGACAGCGAAGGAAUCGUGGGUGAGAACUAUCAUAUUGGAGCACCGGCAAUAGGGCCAUGCACGAAGUAAACAACUACAGCGAUCCCUCAAGAACUGAAAUGAUGAACCCGAUCAUUACCUCGGCCCCACAAUCACUCGGUCUCGGAUCAAGUGUUGGAGCCGUUGAAAGGAAUACUGACGAGAUACAAGACAUUGGAGAGAAGAGUCCUGGCAUCCUUAUUUCACUCAGACCAGGCGGUGUUGAUAUUGUCCCUGAGAACGUGGACGAGCCCCAGAACAUGAACAAGUCCCAGAUCGUGAACGAGCCUCAGGAUCUGAGUGAUCCGCAGAAUGCAAGUGUAUCUUUUUAUUCUGAGAGAAUGGAGCCUCAGCGGGAAGUACAGCAAUUGAACCCGCAGGAAAUGCGGCAAGUGAGCCAGCAGGAAUCACAGUAUUCAAAGAAGGAAUCGAACAAACCUCAUAAUCAUGUACCUGACAGUUCCGCGCAAGCGACUGAGCGCCCUCCGCACCACCAGCGUGUUGCGUUUGACCAUUUUCGCUCUUUCGAGUUGCUGCAGGAGUCAUCUCAGGAUGCUUUUCCGGAACAGGAUAACAGCCUAAACUUUUAUUCUUUCGGUGCAAAUAAUCAUCUGAGAGCGGGUGGUAAUCAUUUCACCCAAGAAGAUAAUGGGAGAGUGAACGUCAUUGAACCAGGAUCCAUGGAUGGAGGUCUUGAGCACGACGGCGAAAAAUGGCUCGAAAGACAAGGUUUUACAAGAUACAACAACGACGCGAUGGUUCAUUCCUAUGGCGAGACAUCAGGAGAGUACAACGGUGUACAGAAUAACUAUUACAGAGCAGAAUCAACAGAUACGCGCAGUCCGACCCACAAUGGACCUCGAAAUGGCAAACCAGGCGCGGUCAACUAUGGAAAGCCCAUGUCAGCCAAGCAAUCUUUGAUCCAAGAGCGACUAAGCAUGGAGAGACCAAACCGCACAUUGUUCGUACGAAAUCUUGGUUAUACAACUAAGGUGGAAGAUGUGCGGAAGAGAUUCAAGCCAUACGGUGACGUCCAAAAUCUGUUCGAUAGGAUCGAUAGCCGUGGAUUAGUUUUUAUCAAAUAUUACGAUAUCCGUGCAGCAGAAUUUGCAAAGAAGGAAACACACCAGACGCUCAUGGAUGACCGCGCUCUGGAUGUCCACUAUUCUUUGCAAAGAGAUCUUAGUGCGAUGAGGGACUGCAAGGAGGACGACCACAAUGGGUCUUUGCGUAUAAAAAUAAAGGAUAUAGAUGUGAGCGUCAGUGAUGAAGACCUGAUUUCGUUCUUCUCUCAUUACGGCGAGAUCAAGGAGGUCCGACCUGAUGCAGACGGAUCAUCAUCCGCAAGAUGUAUAGAGUUCUUUGAUACUCGUGAUUGCGCCAAAGCGUACCAUGAAGCACAUGGAAAGCAGUUGAACGGCGGGAAAAUCGACUGUCGCUUCGCUUGGGAUCAAAUUCAUGCAACUCCGGAACACCUUCUAGGAAAUGCAGCUAAAGCAGCAGAGCGUCGCGAUCGUGUGAAUAAGCAGCGCUCGACGCAGUACGACAGAACCCCAUCACCUUCGUCUUCUCGGAAUACUUAUCGGGACUCCAACGUCAGCAUCCCCGAUAACAGCAAUAAUAACAACGGCAAUAGCAACAAUAGCAAGUACGAGAGGCAUCGGCGUGAUAGUCGUGAUGAAUCACCCGAGAGGGGUCGCGAUAAAAAGGCCCAGCACGACCUGUAUAACCCCAAGGACAAGGGAAAAGAAAGCGAAUCACGCGAUCGAGACUUUAGAGACAAGAGACGUAGAAGCACAUCCCACGACCGAGACUCCUACAGCCGUCGGGAUACCUACAAUCGACGUGAUUCAACCAGUCAUCGAGGCUCACCCGAUCGACGGGAUUCGUAUGAUAGUCGAGAUCGCCGUGACCAGCGAGAUAGUCGAGAUGAUCGGGGCAAUCGGGACCGCCAGGAUAGCAGGGACCACCGAGACAAUCGUGAUCACCGGGACAACCGAGACGAUCGUGGAGCAAAAGACCGCCGAGGCAGUCGGGACUAUCCAAAUCAUGACGACCGUGGACGGAAAGAGAAAUUUCGAGGCAAUAGCUAUAAAAAGAGCAGCUUUGACAAUAAGGGGGGCAAGGGUCGGGUACGCGAUCGCGACGACAGUCGUGAACGUAGUCAUGACCGUGGUAAGAGCACUGAUAAUAGUUACCGUAGGCAAGACUCGCCGUUCAGGAACGCCUCGUUCAGGCCAGGUGAGUACUGAUGGAAAUGCCCCCACAGCUUUCACAAGGUGCACAUCAGACCUCUAACUAGU